UCGUGGCUUACUAUGAUUGGAUAUUAAUUACUGAGUUGUCAACAAAGAUUUGGCCGGUACACGUGAAAAUGAAGACUGUUAUCAUGGUGUUUAAAUGUUGUUGAAUAUACGAUAUCUCCUGCCAAGAGCAAAGAGAUUAAAAAAUCAUAGUAUUUGAAUUGAGUCUGCAACAUUAAUUACUAUAUACGCAGAGACAACCAUCAGUCGAUUUGUGAAAUUUGUCACUAUAUAUUUAUAUAUAUAUAAUACCUCAGAAAUGACAGUUAAUCGCUUGACAGUCUUCAGCUUAUUUAUAAUUAGUUUAAUUGAAUAUGUGGCGCUAGACAAAUGUUCAGUAUGCAGAGGAAUUAUAAAUAAUUUUGAUGAGGGUCUAAAGAAAACUGCUAAGGCCAACUUUGGUGGUGGUAAUACAAGAUGGGAAGAGAAAAGUCUAGGAAGUUAUGCUACAAGUGAGACAAGACUUGUGGAAAUUGUUGAAAAUUUGUGUUCUAAAGAUACCAAAGAGUGUCAUACCAUGGUAGAAGAAUAUGAAGACUUAGUAGAGACAUUUUGGUUUAACCAGUUUAAAAAGAAAAGAGAUGCUGAUUUCUUCCAGUGGUUGUGCAUAGAAAAUGUAAAAGUUUGUUGUCCAAACAAUACCUAUGGACCAUCAUGUUCACAGUGUAAAGGAGAUAAAGAUCGACCUUGUACAAGCAAUGGGAAAUGUGAUGGAGAAGGCACAAGAGAAGGAACUGGGAAAUGCAACUGUGAUAGUGGUUACCAAGGAGAUCUGUGUGAUGAAUGUAAAGAUGCAUACUUUGAAGAAAGUAAAAAUGAUACACACAUAACAUGUACAGCUUGUCAUAUGUCAUGUCAGUCUACAUGUUGGGAGGCUGGCCCUAAAGGAUGUGAUGAAUGUGGAAAGGGAUGGGAACAGAAUGAAGAAGAGGGUUGUAAAGAUAUAAAUGAGUGUGAAACAGAUGCUACAUGUGAAAAUGGACAGUAUUGUUCAAAUACACAAGGCUCAUACCAUUGUGCAACUUGCCAUAAAGCGUGUGAUGGAUGUACAUUAUAUGGUAUAGAUAAAUGUGAUAAAUGUGCAGAAGGUUAUACAAUGGAAGAUAACUCUUGUAAAGAUGUAGAUGAAUGUUUGUUAGACGAUAUAUGUGAAGAUGAAAAUAAAGUCUGUACAAAUAAAGAUGGUGGCUAUGAUUGUAAAUGUAAAGAUGGAUUAAUAGAAGAAAAUAAUACAUGUAUACCAAAACCAAAAGAUAUCCCCAAAAAGAAGGAAUCUAAACCACAUAAAAAGAAAUUUUCAAGCAAAGAUAAAAAAUCUUCAAAGAAAAGGAACAAAUACUCUCAGCCAAGUUUACUUGUUCAUUUUGCAAUUCUUGGGCUUUAUGCAUUGUGUGGAUUACUAGUCAGAGGAAAUGUUGUCAUUAUAAGUGUUCUAACAGUUUUUCUUGGCAUAUAUGUUUACUGGUUUGCAAUAUGAAGGUCUUGUUAUAUGAAUAAAACUGUUGUGUUUUUUUGCUAGUAAUAAAACCAUUGAUAUUGUUUUUCAAUUUUGUAACAUCUGACUCAAUCAUAUUCUCUUCAGUAACCAUAGGAUCAUUUUGAAUUGAUUCUCUAUGUUUAUUAAUUAUAGAUAUAGAUGAAAAUGUUUUCAUGGAGAAAUAGCAUCUUCAUUUGACUGUUUUAUAUCAUUUAAAUGGACAUUUGGUUAGACCAAGUAGACAUUUAUGUUGAAAGAAAUAGAAGGUAGAAAAUUAAAAUUCACCUGCAGUACAUAAACUUACUGAUAAGACCACAAUGUACUUUUUUUUUAAUCAUGUGCAUCUUUACUAUGGUAAAUAACCUUCAGAGGUUUUAAUAGCAUGCAUGUUUAGGAGUAAUAGUAGCGAGAGAGAAAAGAAGAGUGAUUGACAUUUAAAAAACUAAAGUACAAUGUAUAAGUUUUUUUUGAACAAGUAUGAAUUAACAAAAUGGAGAGAUAUUCUAUGUAAAAGAAUGAAUUCAAAUGUGAGUGAAAAGAAAAGCAAGAAGUUGUAAAUGGUUUAAAAGUGCAAUUAAUGAUAUUGAUGUAAGGACUUAACUGUUUCUUGCUAUUUCUAAAAAUUGAGCUCUAACUGAUUUUGAAUAUUUAAGUGAUUUCAGGCUAUAAAAAUAAGAAGAUGUAGUAUGAUUGCCAAUGAGACAACUGUCCACCUGGUACCAAAUCAUGCUGAAAUUAACAACUAUAGUUCACAGUACUGCCUUCAAAAAUGAGUAAACCCAUACAGCAUUUCAAGUCAUAAAAGUCCAUGAAUUGACAAAUGUAAAACAAUUCAAACCAACUGUCAGAUUUUUGUAGUCUUGCUAUCUGACAAAAUAUGUAAUAUGACUGUAUGUUCACAUCUAUCAUUAAUUAGUAUGAAUGUAAAAGACAUAAAUGUUCAGAGUUUUCAUUAUGUAAUUUAAUAUGUUUUUGUAUUUGCAUUUAAAAUUGUCCUAAACCAAUGUGCAAUAGCAAAUUAUGUCAUGUGUAGCUGUAAAAUGUUAGCUUUAAUAGUAAAUAUUAUACACAUUUGUUAAACUUUACUUAGUAAUGAAAAUUUGAAAGCAAUUAGAGUGCAAAGCAAUGAAAUGUGAGACAUUUGAGGGCAAUCUUUUACAGUUUUCAUAUGGACAUAACAAGUUUUAAAUACCUUUUCUUAACAUUGUUUGAUACUUCUAUUUCUGACCAGUUCAAAUUGCAAGUGGUUUAAAAGUACAAAAAUCAUGUUGAAUAAAGUCAUUUUUUGUGUUUUCAUUCCACAGUUAAUUUUAGUCAAGAUGAAAAAUAGAAACUGAAGUUGUUGGUGAGGAGAUCGAAUGAAAAGAAAAUCUAACCCACAAUAGGAUUUAUAAAUGACUGACUUUAAACUAUUAGAGAUAGUUCAGAAUUUCUACUUUUUAUACAACCGCAAAAAUUGAAAAAUUUUUGGUCGUAUAUUGGUAUCACGUUGGUGUCGUCGUCGUCUGAAGACAUUUGGUUUUCGCACUCUUACUUUAGUAUUAGUAUAUAGAAAUCUAUGAAAUUUAAACACAAGGUUUAUGACCAUAAAAGGAAGGUUUAGAUUGAUUUUGGGAGUUUAAGUCCCAACAGUUUAUGAAUUAGGGGCCAAAAACAGGUCCCAAAAUAAGCAUUUUUCUUGGUUUUUGCACAAUAACUCUAGUAUAAGCCAAUAGAAAGCUAUGAAAUUUUAACAUAAGGUCUAUAACCACAAAAGGAAGGUUGGGAUUGAUUUUUGGAGUUUCGGUCCAAACAAAUUAGGGGCCAAAAGGGUCCAAAAUUAAACUUUGUUUGAUUUCAUCAAAAAUUGAACUAUAUAACUAUAUAUAUUGAUAUACCGAAUCUAACUGUGUAUUUAGAUUCUGAAGUUUUGGUCCCUUUUUAAAUUGGUCUACAUUAAGGUCCAAAGGGUCCAAAAUUAAACUUAGUUUGAUUUUAACAAAAAAUGAAUUCUUGGGGUUCUUUGAUAUGCUAAAUCUAAACAUGUGCUUGGUUUUUUUGUUGAGCCUGCAACUUUUGUUGCAGAAAGCUCGACAUAGGGAUAGUGAUCCGGUGGCUACGGUGGCUACAGCGGCUUUGUUAGCUAACUUCUUAAAAGCUUUAUAUAUUAGAAGGUAGAAGACCUGGAUGCUUCAUACUUUGUAUAUAUAUGCCUCAUGUUACGAACUUUCCGUCAGUCACAUGUCCAAUGUCCUUGACCUCAUUCUCAUGGUUCAGUGACUACUUGAAAAAAAAGUGAAGAUUUUUUGUAAUGUUAAAUUCUCUCUUAUUAUAAGUAAUUGGAUAACUAUAUUUGGUAUGUGCGUACCUUGCAAGGUCCUCAUGCCCGUCAGACAGUUUUCACUUGACCUCGACCUCAAUUCAUGGAUUAGUGAACAAGGUUCAGUUUUGGUGGUCAAGUCCAUAUCUCAGAUACUAUAAGCAAUAGGUCUAGUAUAUUAGGUAUGGAAGGACUGUAAGGUGUACAUGUCCAACUGGCAGGUGUCAUCUAACCUUGACCUCAUUUUCAUGGUUCAGUGGUUAUAGUUAAGUUUUUGUGUUUUGGUCUGUUUUUCUUAUACUAUAUGCAAUAGGUCUACUAUAUUUGGUGUAUGGAAUGAGUGUAAGGUGUACAUGUCUAGCAGACAGGUGUCAUCUGACCUUGACCUGAUUUUCAUGGUUCAGUGGUAAUAGUUAAGUUUUUGUGUUUUGGUCUGUUUUUCUUAUGGAAGUACACCACUAAUUCAUUGUCCCAUUACUUUCUAUGUUAAAUUCCUCCAUUUCAACCAGGCACACCUCUUUCAUUUUAAGUUCAAAUAAAGUGGCAAUCAUUUCAUGUCAAAGUUACACUUUAUGGUGUCUUCUACUGAAGAAAUCAACAUACCUUACAUGGCAUAUAAAAAAGAACUGGUUCCCGGAACUUCGGAUGUACCAAAACAGGUACUUCAGAUCUGACAAACAGACCAAAUGUACCCUCUUUUUAAAAUUUGCUGCAGUUUUUUAAAUAUUUAAAAUUAAAAGUCCAAAAGUGUUCUACAAUGAUCACCAGUCCUUCAGCUUUCAUUUGAUGCCAAAAAUACCUUAAUAUCCUACAUAUUUUGAAAGUAACACUCAUGCGUAGGAACUAUUUUGCGUUAAAUAUGUACUACUUUCUGGUAAGUGCUUUCUGGCCGGGCCUGAAUUAGUAGUGUUACACCUUAUACUAUAUGCAAUAGGUCUUCUAUAUUUGGUGUAUGGAAUGAUUGUAAGGUGUACAUGUCUAGCUGACAGGUGUCAUCUGACCGUGACCUCAUUUUCAUGGUUCAGUGGUCAAAGUUAAGUUUUUGAGUUUUGGUCUAUUUUUCUAAUACUUUAUGCAUUAGGUCAACUAUAUUUGGUGUAUGGAAAUAUUUUAUGAUCUAUAUGUCUGUUACUCAGAUUUUAUUUGACCUUGACCUCAUUUUCACAGCUUAUUGCUCAGUGUUUUAAAAGUUCUUGUGUUUUGGUCUGUUUUUCUGAAUUUAUAAGCAAUAAGUCAACUAUAUUUGUUAUAUUGAAGAAUUGUUAGCUGUAAAUGGCAGCCUGGCAUGG